AUGGGUGAACGUAAGGGACAGAAUUUCUAUUAUCCGCCGGAUUUUGAUUAUAAAAAACACAGGAGUUUAAACAGUUAUCAUGGGACACAUGCACUGCGAGAACGAGCUGCCAAAAUCAAACAAGGGAUUCUUAUUAUACGUUUUGAAAUGCCAUUCAAUAUUUGGUGCCUUGGUUGCAACAACCAUGUUGGGAUGGGUGUACGAUAUAAUGCUGAAAAGAAAAAAAUCGGAAUGUAUUAUACAACACCAUUAUAUGAGUUUCGUAUGAAGUGCCACCUAUGUGACAACUAUUUCGUCAUACGCACUGAUCCUGAGCACUUUGAUUAUGAACUUGUGGAAGGCUGUCGUCGACAGGAGAAACGGUAUGAUCCAUCUACCAUCGAUCAGCUUGGAGCUGUUGAUCGGGGUUUUAGUAGACAGUUGGAAAGCGAUCGAAUGUUUCAGGUUGAACAUGUAGAACAGGAUAAAGAGAAGGCUGCAAGUUUAGCCGAUAAAGUUGUUAAAUUGGAAUGGAUUCAGGGAAGAAUGCAGGAUGAUUUUGCUGCUAAUCAAGCUUUGAGAAAGUCAUUCAAACUUGAAAAAGCUGCUUUGAACGAAGGAAGAGUCAGAGAUGAAGACUUGCUAAAGAGGAUGUCUUUGAACAUCAAUUUAGUAUCAGAAAACGUUGAAGAUAAAAAGCUUGCUGCUACAAUUCUACGAUAUAGAAAUAUGAAAUUUACUUGUCAACCGUCAACUUCGGCAAAGAAUGAUAUAACGCAAAAGCAAUUGCUGUCUAUGAAACUUCAUAGAAAUGAAUGCAAUGCAUUUAAUAGUGUAUUAUCUGUACAGAGCGGACAGGAGCAAAUAACAGCCGAGAAUCUUGGUAUUGUCAAAAGAUUAAAAUACGAAAAUGAACACGAUGAAGUAGAUGUUGCGAACAAGGGGAAUCUAGAUGAUGUCAAGCCUAAAUGUGAAGAAUUGCUAUAUCCUGACGAGAUGAAUUUAUCGAACAUCAAGGUUGGAUUUGUUUCUGUUGUGAAGUCGGAUGUAUACAGUAAAUCUUCAGCAUUAGUGGCAGAUUACGGUGGUGAUAGCUCAUCAGAUAGCGCUGAUUAG